AUGUCUAAACAAGAAACACAACCACAACUUUUACAGCAACCCCACUCUUUGCAACUGAUAUCGAAGCCGGAAAUUGAUAUUGAUGACCUUAGAAAUGAAAGGCUCCACCUAACUCCAUUGAAUCGUCUUCAAGCGUUAGCUUCAACUAGUGCUAUAAUAGGAUCCAUGUUGGGUUUUUACGAAGGAGUUCAAAAAUCAGCAGCUCGAUACCUUGUAGAGAAUGCCCAUAGAUUACCAACAACAAAGGGAGGCUGGUAUUUUUACCACAAGAGAAAAAAUUAUGAGAUGAUUGUUGGUGGGAUGACUGGUGGUGUAAAGACAGGAAUGAAGUUUGGUGGAUUUGUUGCUGCAUUGAGUUUUUUCGAAAGCUCGUUGGACUAUGGGAGAGGCCAAAUUGACUUUAUAAAUACAACCUUAGCUUGUUUUGUAGGUACGGGUUUAUACACGAGAUAUAAACAGUUGAGUGUACUGCAAGCAAGCAAGAUGAUACGCAAGGGAACUAUAGUGGGGUUGAUGUUGGGCGUUGCGCAAGACAUGAUGAUAUAUGCAAGAGGAGGGAAAGUAUGGUAUUUAGAUGAAGUCAAGAAAAGAUUGUACUAA